CAUGGACAGCAGCUACUAGUUGCUGUUGGCAGAGAUCCAAAUGACAAUUACUUUCCGAUUGCCGUAGCUGCAGUAGAGGCAGAGACUAAGGACAGCUGGGGGUGGUUCUUGGAGAUACUGUUAAAUGACAUUGGAGAAUAAAAAAAGUGGAUUUUCAUGAGUGACCAACAAAAGGGGUUGAUGCAAGUCUUUCAAGAGGCAUUGCCAACACUGGAGCAUAGGCUUUGUUUGAGGCAUUUAUAUGCCAACUGUAAAAAAGCAUAUGGGGGUGGAACUGUACUAAGGGACCUCAUUCUAUCUAUUGCCAAAGCUACCUAUGUGGAAGAAUGGGAAAGAAGAAUGAAUCAACUAAAGGAGAUCAACAGAGACUGUUAUGACAAGUUGUUUGCUUUGGAUCCAAAAUUGUGGACCAAGAGUCACUUCACAUUUCUGGCCAAGAAUGACAUGCUGAUGAAUAACAUCUCGGAGGCAUUCAAUGAAAGAAUCCUAGAGGCAAGAGACAAGCCAAUUCUGACUAUGUUUGAAUGGAUUAUGUGCUACUUGAUGACAAGAUUUGCAAAGAAAAAGAAGAAGGCAGAGAGGUAUGAGGGCUCUGUUUUGCCAAAACCCAAGAAACGGCUAGAUAUCAUUGCGGUUAGAGCUAUGGAGUGGCAAGCUAAAUGGGCAGGAGACCUGAAGUUUGAAGUGCAUCAUAAGAACAGGAUGAUCAUGGAAAGGUUUGUGGUCGAUUUGAUGGCUGGAAGGUGUAGUUGUAGGUUCUGGGGUUUGUGUGGUAUGCCAUGUCCACAUGCUUGUUGUGCUAUCUUUGAGAAGGGUGACAACCCGAAAGAUUAUUGUAGUAACUAUUACAGCAAGGCAACAUAUCUUGCUACAUAUGGGCAGUCAAUAUCACCAAUCAAUGGAGAAAAUAUGUGGCCAAAGAUACAAUGUGAUACCAUCAUCCCUCCAAUUUUCAGAGUUAAACCAGGAAGGCCAAGGAUGGUUAGGAUAAGGGAACCCGAUGAAAACAGAACACAAACAAAAUAUAGAAGAACUGGAACUUCUGUUACCUGCAGUAAUUGUGGCCAAUAAGGACACAAUAGAAAACUUUGUCCAAAUCCUAUAGUGACAGGUAUUGGUUGCUAACUUAUUUUGUUCAUAUGUUGAGGAACUAUUAUUAACUGCUAUUUCAUUUUGUAGCUCCUGAAGGCACACAAGGAUCUGAUGUUCCAACUGGAACUGGAGGAGUUGAUGCUGCUGCUAAUGAACCUGGUGCUGCUGUUGAAGCAAAUGGAUCUGCAACUGCUCCUACUGCUAGAUCCAGGAUGGUUAGAGGGAGAGGCAGAGGAAGAGCAGCAGUAGGGAUGGGCAGAGGAAGGGGUAGAGGGAGGGCUGCACAAACCCCUGCACCACCCUCACAGCCUCCACACACCCCUGCACCACCAUCACAGCCUCCACAAACCCCUGCACCACCAUCACAGCCGGCCACCUUACCCACACCAGCAUCACUGCCCACUGCACCAGCAUCUCAACCUUUGUCCAAGACCAAAAUAUUUGGUGUGAGAAGAAGUGGAAGACUCAAGAUUGGAGUUAGGAAGGCAACAAAUCAGCCGCCUGAACAUGUUGACCUCACACUUGAUUGAGGCUG